AUGCCAUUGACUGAAUCCGUUAUCUCCCCGGCUGCCUUAUACUUUUGCCUUGAUCAAGUACAAACUCCAUUUACGAAACUCAAUUGUUUAGCAAUAACAACAAUCACCAUACCUGGGUUUCUUGACCCGCACCGCUCUGGUCCUGCCGUCGAUGUGUCGAUACUACCAACAGGCUGGUUAUUCCUCCCAGAUUCUUGGAUUUUCACAGAUGGGAAGCCAUCGUUAAAGCAUUGGUCGCCUGAUUUCUCCUUUCUGAUACGGCAUCCUUCUGGAAAGAGCGUAUUAUUCGAUCUUCGAAUGCGCAAAGUUAGUCAGGUCCAUUCUGCCGAGUAUCCCAUCAUUGCACCUCAUGUCCCGAAAGAUGUAUACGAUCUCCUGAUUGAAGGCCCCGUCCACCCCGAGGACAUCGACGUCGUCAUCCUCAGCCAUCUGCACUUCGACCACACCGGGGACGUGACCCGUUUCCCGUCGGCGGAAAUCCUCGUCGGUGCCGGCUCCGAAGCAACCACGACGCCCGGUUGGCCCAAGGCCGAAUUCUCUCCCUUCGACGGCACCGUCCUCUCGCACCCCAAGUUCCGUGAGCUUCCCAGCAGCGGAACUGGCUUCGCACCUCUCGGUCCCUUCCCCAAAUCAUACGAAGUUAUUGUUAGCAGUGUUGGAGGUCUAGGAAGUUCAAUCUACUUACUCGCUGGCAUGUACGGUAGCUGCCAUGGCGGCGAGAACAAUAGAGACGAUCUUGAAUUGCAUAUUGAGUAUCGGGUUGGAUUGUUUAAUUAG